GUGGAUGGCGUGGCAGGCGACCGUGCCCGAGCUGGAGGACCGCCUUCAGUGCCCCAUCUGCCUGGAGGUCUUCAAGGAGCCCCUGAUGCUGCAGUGCGGCCACUCCUACUGCAAGGGCUGCCUCGUGUCCCUGUCCCGCCACCUGGACUCGGAGCUCCGCUGCCCAGUGUGCCGGCAGGAGGUGGACAGCAGCAGCUCCCCGCCCAACGUCUCCCUGGCGCGGGUGAUUGAAGCCCUCCAGCUGCCCGGGGACACGGAAACCAAGGUCUGUGAGCACCACCGGAACCCACUCAGCCUCUUCUGUGAGAGGGACCAGGAGCUCAUCUGCGGCCUCUGCGGCCUGCUGGGCUCCCACCAGCACCACCGCGUCACACCUGUCUCCACCGUCUACAGCCGGAUGAAGGAGGAGCUAGCGGCUCUCAUCUCUGACCUGAAGCAGGAGCAGAGGAAGGUGGAGGAGCAUAUCGCCAAGCUGGUGAACAACAGGACCCGGAUUGUUAACGAAUCCGAUGUCUUCAGCUGGGUGAUCCGCCGUGAGUUCCAGGAGCUGCACCACCUGGUGGAUGAGGAGAAGGCCCGCUGCCUGGAGGGGUUGGAGGGCCAUACGCGUGGCCUCGUGGCCUCCCUGGACAUGCAGCUGGAGCAGGCCAAGGGCACUCAGGAGCGGCUGGUCCAGGCUGAGCACGUGCUCGAGCAGUUCAGUAAUGAGAGUCACCACGAGUUCAUCCGGAAGUAUCACUCCAUGGCCUCCAGAGCAGAGCUGCAGCAGGCCCGGCCUCUGGAAGGCGCCUUCAGCCCCAUCUCCUUCAAGCCGGGCCUCCACCAGGCUGACAUCAAGCUGACCGUGUGGAAAAGGCUCUUCUGCAAAGUCCUGCCGGCCCCGGAGUCCCUCAAGCUGGACCCUGCCACCGCCCACCCGCUCCUGGAACUCUCCAAGGGCAACACAGUGGUGCAGUGUGGGCUCCUGGCCCAGCGGCGAGCCAGCCAGCCCGAGCGCUUUGACUACAGUACUUGCGUCCUGGCCAGCCGGGGCUUCUCCUGCGGCCGUCACUACUGGGAGGUGGCGGUGGGCAGCAAGAGUGACUGGCGCCUGGGGGUCAUCAAGGGCACAGCCAGUCGCAAGGGCAAGCUGAGCAAGUCCCCGGAGAACGGCAUGUGGCUCAUCGGCCUGAAGGAGGGCCGGGUGUACGAGGCCUUCGCUUGCCCUCGGGUGCCCCUGCCUGUGGCCGGCCGCCCCCACCGCAUCGGCGUCUACCUGCACUACGAGCACGGGGAGCUCACCUUCUUCGACGCCGACCGGCCCGACGACCUGCGGCCGCUCUACACGUUCCAGGCCGACUUCCAGGGCAAGCUCUACCCCAUCCUGGACACGUGCUGGCACGAAAGGGGUGGCAACGCGCUGCCCAUGGUGUUGCCCCCGCCCAGCGGGCCUGCCCACCUCCCCCCCACGCAGCCCACCAAGCUGUAGGGCUGCCGUCUGCCCGCCCACGGGCUCUUCCCGGCCGGGGCUCCGCCGACUCCAGUGCGCGGAGAGGAUGUGCCUCACCAUGUGGGAAGGGCUUCAUGCCCGUGUGUUUCUAGAACCGUCUACCGAUAGGAAGAAAAGGACCAUAAUCCCUUCCCCCUCAGCCAGGAGCCUAUUUACUCGCCUUUUGCUAGGUUCUUCACCUCCUUAUCAGCAGCAGAACGAGGCAUGGGUGUCCGCGGGUUAAGAUGGGCUCCUCCUAGUCCCUCCUCACGUGCUUUCUGCUUAUUCUCUUUACUAAAGGUGGAAACGUUCCCAUGCAUAAUUUCUCCAUGACAUUGUGAACUUAGGGAUAAUAAAUUUGAUGUUCUCUUUAAAUGACUUGCAAGUGUUAGCUGCUGUACAUACAUCCAGCCUGAAGCUCCGGUCUCUGGAAGCCCGUCCAGCCUGCAGUCAGGUCAGAUCUUGCUCUGCCCCAUGCCGCUCCUCUGUGGUUAGAGUCACAUCACUCACUCUUGUCUUCAAAGGCCUCUCUCGACUUCCCUCACCAUUAGCUGGGAUGGAAAUAACACAACUUUGGAGCAGUCGCAAGCAGGGUCUAGACAGGCAUGGCCUAUCUCUGAAAGCCGCUGGGCCAUGGGAGUGGCUCAAAGCUCCCCCUUUCCAGGGGAGAGCCUGCCCCUGGCCACAGCUGGUGGCAUCUACUCCGGACCGAGGCUGGGACAGCUGAAUUCUCUUCCAAGAGUUUGAAAAUUGGAAGAGAGUGUGGUUGGGGCCGAGUCGUCUGAGACCUGGCGCUUUAGAGAGAAGCUCCCCAGCCUUGAGCCGUCGAGGUCCGUGGGGCUGCCCGAGAGACCUCUGUGGGGAACAGCUGUGUCCUGGCACCUUGGCCACACAGGCGAAGGCUUGACCUGCAGCCUGUCUGAUCCUCCAGGAACCAGAGAGGAUGGAGGCUUGUGAGGCACCGACCCAAGGCCGUCUUCAUUGACUUUAUCCUUGGGAGAUUCAGGAGACCUCACCUCCCAGGCUGAUAGGUGUGAGCCUUCCGGCCCCACCUCCCUCCGAGGAGAGCUGUAGACCGUCAAAUGGCGUGGCUGCAUCUAGAACAGACUUCUCAGCAACAGGAGACCUCCCACGCCCACCCCCAGCCAUUGCCGCAGCCUUCCUGUUGAGUACUGUGUGCGACAAGGGCUGUGUGGAGCUGGCACCUUCGGCUAGUCUUCUGCCCAUGUAAGUAAUGGGCUGUCUGAAUCAAAUGUUGCUGUUGUAUCUUUUAGUGGCCGAAUCUGUGGGGCCUUGGCCUUGGCCACUGCAUGUUUGACAUCUCGCAGACCUGGUUUUUGGUUAUAAAGCUCUUCCUUCAAUUCCA